GCAGCUACCACAAACUCUCAAACCUUGCAUUGCUGUUCUUCGAAGACCUUACCUGAACAAAACUCCCAAGAACUUCUAAUUCUUGGGUUUCUUUGUCACCGCUGUAUCGUGAUGCUUAAUCACCUCUGAUGCAUUACACCGCAGCCAAAUCCCUAUCAUCAACACAAAUUUCUUACUAAUCCCCCUUGAUUUUACCCAUAAUUUGCAUUUGCAUGAAUCUCUUCAGUACCAACCAUCCGCUAUCGUGUGGAAUAUGAAGCCUAAAAUUCUAUCAAUCGUUGAAGACCUCAAUUUAGGGGACGUGUUUGAGCUUCUCAGGGCAAUAAUGGGUGGAGUUAACUAGAAGUUUGAUAUAGUGUGGAAGGGGGAAACUUCUGUGGUCUGGAAGCCAAAUUGUGUUGAUAAGAUAGUUAAUUUAUUUCCGUUUGAAGCUGGGUCUAUGGAUUUCGGAAUGCCAUUUGCUAAAUUUUGUUAUGUAAUUCCAAGGAAUCAGUUAGGAUCUGUUAAUGGCAAGGAAACUAGGCAAAUCAGUAAUUCAAUUUUUAGGUAUCUGUUUAUGGAUUUGCAUGAACCAAUUGCUAAGUUAGUUGAAUUUAACAAUGGAAAUAGUUAUGGGCUCUGUUGUUGAUGAGAAUUUUCUGGCUAUGAGUUAUUCCAUUGUGAAUGCAAAUAAGUAUUUGAAUACUGGGCCAUUGGUCGAGUAUGUUCAGGUUAUUGUGGCUAAAGCUAUAACAGGGAGCCUUAAGGACCAAGCUAAAACUAGCACAAGGGUAGGGAUCUCCCCCGUGGCUAAAUGAGGAAAACAUGAUGCACACCUUAGACUCUCUACUUCUUAUUUCCAUAAUCUGUUCUUUUAUGUUUUAUCUAGUCCUAGUUGUUUGUCUAUUGUUUGUCGUGACUCUUUGAGGAAGCUCAGGGCAAUGAGAAAGGGGUACCAUUCUGCUUGUCUUGGAAAGGGAUGGAUUCCCGUACUCAACCACCUUCUGGAUCCUCUCUAUCCUAGCUUGUUUUUAACUGUCUUCACUUGAAAAAUCACAAAAAUUUGUCCUGCUGUUGUUAGUUUCUCUGACGUUGGAAGUCUUUGGGAGAUGAUAAGAUGGUUACUCUGGGUGUGAAACUCUUUCUAUUAUAUUUCGACCCAAAUUAUGUUACUUUUUAAGUAUUGUGUUAAGUUUGUUGCUAGUGUAUGUUUGGAAAGGAGUGUUAGUGGAUGGGUUUAUGCAUGUUUGGAGAUGGUAGUAUAUGGUGUAGGCUGGUGAAGGGGAGUUGGGCUAUGGAAGGGGUUUUCUCUCCACUUAAUGGUGCUAACUCUUCUCUUAGGCAGUGCUAUAUUCCAAAGCAUUGCCAGAAUCUUUCUCAAACCCAAAUCUGCUUCUCAGUUGGUGUUCCAUGGCAAGAGGUAGCUGAUUCAGGUAGAUUGCUGAAGGAUCUUCUCUGGAUUUGCAGUUGUGAGACCUUGGGCCCAUCUCUUGUCUCUCUUCUUCACUACUUGAAGAGUGGAACAAUGGCCAAGCUUUUUGAUAAGCUUCUCUGUGAGGCUUGUGCCGCUGACAUCCUUUCCAGUGUUUCCUUCCCUGCAUACUUUCUAUUGGUUUGCUUCUAGUGUUUCGUUAUCAUGUUGUGUUUCUGUUGGUAGGGGGUGUGAAUUCCGUUACUGUUUAGUCUGUAAUAACUCUUGUAUAAGACU